AUGAACAGUCUAGGCACCACCGCCAUCAGACUCCAGUUCACUGCCCUCUUCCUCGGCAACUGCAGCACCCUCACCAACAUCAUGGCCACCAGCUUCCCCGAGCUCUGCAUCGCCCCCAGACAGUGUAAGCUAAACAACUGGCUGGAGGCCCUCGUCGUCCUCAGCGGCCUGAACCAAACUGAAGACUUCCUCGACCACACCCUGGACUUCACUCGCGGGUCCUCUUUUAAAACCCUCGGUGAUCAGCGACCAGUCUUGUUUACCAUGACAAUGCUACCAAUGGGUGGAGCAAUGGAGGAUAUAUCAGAAGGAGCGAUACCGUUCCCUCAUCGACAAGAAAACUUAUACAGUAUCCAAUACUUUACGGGAUGGUUUAGAAUCGAUGACCAGUCGAUCCAGAAGCAUUUGGAUCUGAUGAACAGCAUAUCGAUAUUUAUGCGUAAUUUCAUUACGAGCAACCCGAGGCCUGCUUAUUACGGAUACAAGGAUAUCGAUAUGGGUAGGAACAAGAGGGUUCUUCCCAGCUAUAAUGACUCCAUGGUUUGGAGGGAGAGGUAUUUCAAGGGGAACUUCGAGAGGCUGGCGAGGAUUAAGAGGGAAGUUGAUGCAGGGAAUUAUUUUAGGAGUGAGCAGAGCAUUCCGUCUUAUAAUUCACGGGUGGGGGUUUCAGCGUCGUCGUCGUCACCGACCUCAAACCCUUUGAGCGUGACUCUUCAGUUCUCCACCGAUGCUUGUAUUUGCACAAACAAACAAAGUCUUUGA